UGUGUGUGAGAGAGAUUUUCAUCCAAAUCCAUAUCUAUUUUUUAAUCCUCGUCUGUGCGUAAACGCUGGUUACAGCCUUCGCGAGGAGACUAUUUCGCAAUGCAACGCUUUUAAUAAUCUUUACGCAAUCUUCACGCAAUCAUCUUUGCAUCCGUUGAAGUGCGCAUUUGUUUUAAACUUCAAUCUUCCCUCCGACACACUUGGACAGCAUCAUGACCAGUUUGUGGGAUCGCAUCCCGUUGGAAUGGUGGGAAUUACGCGGCGAGCUGCCGGAGAGCAUGUAAACGCAAAUGGAGUUUGGGAUUUAUUGCAAAAUAUGGGAAAGAUGACCGUCUUGUCUUUGUGUUUUCUCCUGUGCGCUGAUCUACUGCAAGUAGCUGUUGGAUAUCUGACUGUAACGAUAGAGCCAUUGCUACCUGUUGUUGUGGGAGAAGCGGUGACUCUAAAGUGCAACUUCAAGACAGAUGGAAGAUUACGAGAGAUCGUAUGGUACAGGGUGACUGACGGGGGCACUAUUAAGCAGAGGAUUUUUACAUACGAUGCUAUGUUCAAUACAAAUUACUCUCAUAUGGAGGAUUACCGCAGACGGGAAGACCUGGUGUAUCAGUCGACAGUCCGGCUCCCAGAGGUGCGGAUCUCAGACAAUGGCCCUUAUGAAUGCCAUGUAGGAAUCUAUGACCGAGCGACACGAGAGAAGGUCGUCCUGGCAUCAGGGAAUGUCCUGCUUACGGUCAUGUCUCCACCAAACAACAUCUCAGUGCUGGCAGAAAACACUCCAGCACCGUUUAGCCGAUAUCAGGCCCAAAACCUCACUCUGAUCUGCACUGCCAAAGGAGGAAAACCAGCUCCAUCGGUGUACUUCAAGCGGGACGGAGAAUUAAUAGAAGUGAUUUCCUACGUUUCACCCACCGUGGGAUAUGAAGGUGCUGGCUCAGCUGGAGUGCGAGGAGCAAGACCUCUGAUCAGCAGAGAUCUGGACGACACUAAGCUGAGGAAGUCUCUAUCUCUGUUAGGUCCGGAUAGCAGGCCCGGACGCCUCAACACGGAGAGCCCGGGACGGAGCUAUAUGGCCAGACAACCCGGCCAAGAGCCCAGUCCAGCCACGGAGACCAUCCCAGAGACAGUUGUCAGCCGUGAGUUUCCACGCUGGGUACAGAGCACAGAUCCCCUGUACUUCUUCAGCAACAUACACAUCCCUCAGAGCGAUGGGACAGUGCUGGUUCAGGCCAAGCUCACCUGGACGCUGAAUCCACAGUUGGAUAAUGAUGCCCUGUUUAGCUGCGAGGUCACGCACCCUGCGCUCUCUAUGCCUAUGCAGACUGAGGUCAUACUGGCGGCUCCAAAAGGCCCCAAGCUUGUGAUAAGCCCUACCAGGGCAAAGGUAGGGGAUACGGUUCGUAUCACCGUCCAAGGUUUCCAGGUAGGAUCUCCUGGGAACGAUGUGUUUCCUGAGCCUCUGUUCACCUGGACGCGGGUGGGUGGCAGACUGCUGGAUGGCAGUGCAGAGAAGGAUGGGAAGGAGCUGGUGCUGGAGCGAGUGCCUGCUGAACUCAAUGGCUCCAUGUACCGCUGCACGGCCCAGAAUCCACUGGGCUCCACUGACACACACACACGCCUCAUUGUUUUUGAAAACCCGAGUAUGAUGAAAAACACACAGAAUCCGAACAAUGGAGCUCCUGGUUUGCACAAGCUUGGACUGAUAUGCCUGCCACUUAUUCUCACAGUGACUGUUGAGCUGACGUGAAUAUCCUCCAUUCAACCACACACAAACACACUUCCUCUCCAAUCAGACACACACACAGACACACACAAGCCUUUCCAGACCGUGACUAAACCUACCUUGCUAUCAUCUGUGGGACAUCCUGAACACCUCCCACCCCCCCAACAGGGGGCGCACCGCCCUUUUUUGUGAACAAAAAAUGAUCUGCUGAUAAAAAUAUAAUAAUAAUAAUAAUAUGAAAAAACCAUGCUGAAUAUGAGAACAAGCACCUCCUUAUUGUCAACCCCUUUUCAACAGACAGUUUUUGUUUUGAUUUUAAUUAUUAUACUUGCCUGCCAUUUAAAGGAGACCUGUUUAUUCAGAAAAGCAUAGGCGUUUGGGGAUCGAGCUGAACUUAAAUGUCGAGCGCUGGGUAUUGGAGAACAGACAUUAAGGAACUGUGGCUCGCUGACAAUGCAGACUUUCCUUUCGACUCCGACUAGCUAUCCUGGAAUUCCCUUAUACCACACACUGGCACAACAGGACUCAAAUGCGCCCUUUCUUUAAAGAACAUGUUUUACGCCAUUUGUGUUUUUUGAUCACAGUAUUUUUUUCCGUUUUUGUUUUCUUGAAUGGCUCUCGGCUGGAAUGUAACAAAAAAAAAGAGACAAUACUAAACGUCCUGUGACAUUUUAUUGCAAAGAAAUGGAAGAUCCUCUUUUUAAGUGUAUUUUGUGUACAUCCCUGUAAAUAUUGAGAAGUAUAUUACAGAGCAGAAAACAAAAAAUAAUAAUUAAUAGAGGUUUGGGGGGAAAGAUGCAAAGGAGGUGGGAGGGAAUAGCAGAUAAUGGCUUUAUUGCGUGUCUGGUCAUCCCCAACCCAAAUCCAACCCAGGCUUUUAGAGAAACGGUGAAAUCAGUGGCCUUUCUACGAUCUGAUUUCAUGUGUUCAGUAUCUAUGAUGACCAUCCGUGUGAUUGUUUGUCAACCGCAGAGGAAAGACGGCAGCUUUUCUCCGGGGUUGUUGGUGCAUGUGACGUUCGACGAUGAUUUCCCCUCCUCAUCUGUUUGUCACCGACCUGUCCUUAAGUUGUUUUCGUCGCAUAUUCAGUGACCUGCAUCGUGUACAGUCCUUCUCUCUAAUCUAACAGUUACUGCUAGGAUCAUGUUAGCCACCAUUAUCACCCCUCCAUCCCCGAAAGGAAGCUCAAGUGAAGCCAAGUGUAAACAGGGUUGUUGCAUUUGUUUCAUAUCACCUGUAUUAAAAAAUGGAGAUGAUCAACUUAA